CUCAGAGAUUCGUUUAGGGGUACGCGACGCCCCGACUUCGAACCAUUUUCCUACAUUCAUGUCCUAAAAACUCUCUCUCUCUCUAUCUAUCUCUCGACGUUUAUUCCUAUCUGAUUCCAUUUAGAUCCAAUAUUCUUUCCGAACCAAACUACACCCACUCCCUCUAUAGAUCUAAAACCAGUUCCUUCCUUACAAUAUUAUAUCAGAUUUUGAUUAUAAGAAAAUGGACGCCCAGAAAAUGCAGAGAUGUCAUGAAUACGUUGAAGCGCUUGAAGAAGAACAAAAGAAGAUUCAAGUUUUCCAACGAGAGCUUCCUUUAUGUUUAGAGCUUGUCACGCAAGCUAUAGAGGCGUGUCGGAAGGAGCUGUCGAGUACUUCAACGACCUCAGAGCAGUGUUCGGAGCAGACGACUAGUGUUUCCGGUGGUCCGGUCUUAGAGGAGUUUAUCCCGACCAAGAAGACCGAGGAAAACGGCGAACACGAAUCUCCAACUCCACCUGAAGAGAACGUUAAGAGAUCAGAUUGGCUCAGAUCUGUUCAGUUAUGGAAUCCUUCACCUGACACGAACACGAACACGAAUGAGGUGUCUAAUCCGGAACGUGUAGUAGGUAAGAAGGCGAAAGUGGUUGAGGUGAAACCAAACAACAGCAACUGCGGUGGGUUCCAGCCGUUUCAGAGGGAGAAAAAACGCGUUUUCUCCGAGAGCAAUGAUCCGCAGCCCGCGGCGGUGAAAGCGGUUGAUUCAGCUCCGGCGGUGAAAGCGGUUGCUUCGGCGCCGGCGCCGGCGACGACCACUAGCUCCACCACGGAGACAUGUGGUGUUGUUGGUAAAGGGGGAGAGGAACAUAUACAUCAGCAACAAUCGCAAACGCAAUCGCAAACGCGUAGAAAGCAAAGGCGGUGUUGGUCGCCGGAGUUACACCGACGGUUCCUUCACGCGCUUCAGCAGCUCGGUGGAUCACAUGUUGCUACUCCAAAACAGAUAAGGGAUCAUAUGAAAGUCGAUGGAUUAACAAACGAUGAAGUUAAAAGCCAUUUACAGAAAUAUAGACUUCACACAAGAAGGCCAGCGGCGUCGAUGACCCCGCAGGGUAACGGAAACUCGCAACAACCGCAGUUUGUGGUGGUCGGAGGGAUAUGGGUGCCUUCGCCGCCACAAGACGUUCCUCCACCUUCAGAUUUAGCCAACAACGGUGGUGGUAUAUAUGCUCCAGUGACGCUGCGACCACCAACAUCACCACAAUCUCCUAAGCGUUCGGUGGAGAGAAGUAGCGGCCAGUGCAACUCACAGGCGGCAUCUUCAUCUACAAACACGGCAACUUCUUCUCCUGUGUCAUAGUAGUGUGGGUUUGAUUUUGUAGGUUUGAUGCAAGUGAAUGUAAGAUUGUAACCAAAGAGUGUUCUUUUGUUAGUAUGUACACGAGGUAAGUAAAGAGUAUGCUUUUAUGCUUUGAAUAUUCCCUUGUUACUUUUUUUUUUUGCUGUUCAAGUUUUGACAGAUUUUGGUGAUGGCAUAUAUACUUUGUAAGAUUUUAAGAAUAAUACAUGAAAUAAUUUUCAAGUUUCA